AUGCCGGCGGCCACCACUGCCGAUGCUCUCUCCCUGGUGAACCGCACCGUCUCUGUCGCUCCCCUAGUCCUUCUCUCAGUCGCCGAUCAUUAUGGACGAACAGCAAAGGGCACUCGACGACGGGUCGUUGGCGUCUUAUUAGGACAGAAUGAUGGCAAGAACGUUCGAGUGUCAAACAGCUUUGCGGUACCGUUUGAGGAGGACGACAAAGAUCCAUCCGUUUGGUUCUUAGAUCAUAACUUUGUGGAAUCAAUGAACGAUAUGUUUAAGAAAAUCAACGCUCGGGAGAAAUUGAUUGGGUGGUACCACUCCGGCCCCAAGCUUCGAGCAUCAGACUUGGAGAUCAACGAACUCUUCAAACGUUACACACCAAAUCCGUUACUGGUCAUCAUCGAUGUACAGCCAAAGGAGGUCGGCGUGCCUACCGAUGCAUACUUUGCUGUCGAAGAAAUUAAAGAUGACGGAACCACAACCUCCAAAACUUUUGUUCAUACCCCUUCGAUAAUCGAAGCGGAGGAGGCAGAAGAGAUUGGUGUGGAACAUCUUCUUAGGGACAUCCGUGACGUUGCCGUCGGGACGUUGUCCACCCGAAUCACCUCACAGCUUCAAUCAUUACAAGGCUUGCAUUUAAGAUUACGCGACAUCGGCCAAUAUCUACAAAAAGUCCUCGACGGAGAAUUGCCCGUCAAUCAUGCUAUCUUAGGCAACCUCCAAGACAUUUUCAACCUCCUUCCCAACCUGGCAACGGCCAAACAACGCACACUCGCCAACUCAUCCGAGAACUCCCAGAUCGAAAAUACAGAACUUACACGCGCAAUGAACAUCAAAACAAAUGAUCAGCUCAUGUCCAUUUAUAUCAGCAGUCUCAUUCGUGCCAUCACAGCUUUCCACGAUUUGAUUGAAAACAAAAUCCAAAAUCGCCAACGGCAAGAGGAACAAGAGGCUAAGUCAGAGGAAGCUAAGGAUGAGAAGGCUACAGCAAAAGGUGACAGCGAAGAGAAGAAAGGGAAUAAUACCGAAUCUAAAGAUGAUUCAGAAAACUCAAAGAAUAAAAAGAAAGCGUAA